UCUUAUCAUAUUAAUAAUUAUUAUAUAAAAAAAAAAAAAAAUGAAUAGUUUUAUAUUACUUAUGUUUUUUGUUGUUCAAUUUCAAUUGUUUACCUGCGACGCUAAUAAUACGUCAAAUCUUGGAAUAUUACCAUGUAUGUAUGCAGGUGACUAUGAUUUAUAUGGAUAUUAUUGUUCAAAAACUCCCAUGGCAAUUAGUUCGUUACCCGUUGCUUGUACUUCAUUUAUUUAUGAUGGAAUAAAUUUCGAUAGUAAAUUCAAUGUUUUAAUAUCAGAAAAAGAUAGAAAUAACAUAAUUAAUCUUUAUAAAUUUGGUAAGCCAUUGUAUUUAUAUAUUGGUUACGCUAAUCAAAGUUCUUGGAUUAAUGUGACUAAAAAAUCAAAUUAUACAGCACUCAAAGUACUCGAUUUAAAAACUCAUCUAAAUGGUUAUAAUGUAACGGGGUUAAUUCUAAAGGAUUUAAAUUAUGACCCAAGUGAAGAUGGUAAUUUUGAUGAAACAUUUUAUGAAAAUUUGAAACAAUAUGUUACUGUAUUAAAAAGAAAAUCUGCAUUUUCCGAAGUUGGAUUAUAUGUGAAUGCAACCUACAUGAUAUAUUAUAGUCAUCAUCCUAAUAAUCCAUAUUGGUUCAAAUUUGAUGAGUGGAUGAAUGAUCUAAUGGAUUUUUAUAUAAUUGGAUUUUAUAAAUUUAAUCCAUGCAAUGACCAGUUUAAAGACGGGAUCGUUCCAUUAUAUAAUACUAAAUUUUCAAACAAUUCCUUGACAACGUUCGCAAAUGUUUUAAAAAACUCAACAAUUGCGAAAGACAAAAUUUAUCUCGAAUUUUCAGCGUGUCCGACACCAAAUGACACAACGAUUGAGUAUCUACCCACAUGUGCCGUGACAUUUGAAAAAUUCUGUACAUCUGACCACUACAAUGUUUACUGGUGUGCUGAUAAUUCUCAAUCAUUCUUUCAAAAAGGUAGAUUUGCAAGAGAUUUACCGGCAAAAGGAAUAGUAACAAAAUAUAUUGAUACAAUCGAUCCAACUGCUAAAUGUCAAUGUGAUAAUAAUAAUGAGUAUAUAACAUUUACGAUGAUGUUAACUGGUUUUUUAAGUCAAGACCCUGUCAGAAACUGUCCUCUUCUCUCUUAAAUGAUGUCAAUCCAACAUGAAUAUAAAUAGUUAUUUAUUAUAAUUUGGAAUAUUUUAUAUUCAUUCACUAUUAAAACAAUAAAUGUGUUAUAGUUAAAUACAUUUAUUUAUUCAUGUAACUACUGA